UCUUUCUCCGUCUCCCUCCAUCGUCGCAGGGACAGGUGUGCCAUUUAUUCAUCAAACCAUACGAAAAUAGUUCUUGGUACGUCCGUGCACGCCUCGCAUCACACGAGGUCAAUUCAACAGUGCUUUGGAAUAGUCCACAAAAGCGUCUGAGGAAGUGCUGACGAGUCCGACCUCUCUGCUGCGACUUACUGUCCAUUCUUGAUUCCCCCCAACCCACCCACACGUACCAUGGCCACGGCGUACGCUCAGCCGUUUCCGCUCGCCAAUCCUGUGCACAAAGUCGAGAAGCCGACCUUCGGGCCAGACCUCGCUGUCCGGCUUAUCUGCCCCGAAUGCAAAGACCCGAACCCCAACAUCGUUGAGCAGUUCAGCAGCGGCGAUCUUGUAUGUGGUACGUGUGGGCUGGUACUGGGAGAUCGAGUGGUGGACACUCGUAGCGAAUGGAGGACGUUCGCCAACGACGAGGGCGAUGACCCGUCGCGUGUUGGAGCGGCAUCAGACCCCCUCUUGGAGGGCAUGGAGCAGCUGGACACCACCAUAUCCUUCCGGGAUGGUGGCUCUGGCAUCGCCCGCGAACUACAGCGCGCAGCAUCUCGCUCCUCCGCCUCGCGCGCGGAGCGUAACCUCCUACAAGCAUUCCGCGACAUCUCGUCGUGGUGCGACCAGUUCUCCCUUCCUAAAACGAUUUCGGACAUAGCGAAGCAGCUGUACAAGCGAACUGACGAGGAAAAGCUCCUCCGCGGGAAGCCGUCCGAAGCCAUCAUCGCUGCAUGUAUCUUCAUUGCGUGUCGACAAGCUCACGUCCCGCGUACCUUCCGCGAAAUUUGCAGUCUCACCGGUGUGAGCAAGAAGACCCUCGGGCAGUGCUACAAGGCAAUGGAGCAGGCGUUCAACCUCACGCCGGGUGCGUCCGCUCAGGGCGGCCGCCACAUUACCACGCCCGCUGCGGCUCGCGGCCCAGAGGACCUGCUAGUGCGGUACUGCAACCACCUCGAUUUGCCCCCUAACGUCCAGCCCAUUUGCUCCGACAUCAUCAUCAAGGCGCGCGAGCUGGGCAUUGCGGACGGUCGCUCGCCUGUAUCUAUCGCAGGCGGCGCCAUCUACUUCACUUGCCAUUUGCUUGGUAAAGUGAAGAGCGCGCGGGAGAUCAGCACGGUCGCAGGUGUUAGCGAGGGCACGAUCAAGCUCGUGUACCGGCUGUACUACGCCGACAGGGAGAAGCUGGUCAAGGAAGAGUGGAUAAAGGAAGGGAAGGCCGAUGUAAGGCGGCUUCCUAUGGACCAGACGAAGUAGAGGAAGAUGGGGCAGAGAAAAGGAGAUAACAUCGUAUGGACAUGGCCACCGUCGUAUACCAUAUGCAUCCGUAAUACAGUGUUGUACAUAUAGCCUUAUGAUAUGACAAUGUUAUGUCACUCGUUAUGAUCUAAA